GCCACCUGAUUGGCUGCACUGCAGGGCGGAAGUGCGUCUGUUUUCCCAGCUGGGAGCUGAAAACAAAACAAGACAAGCAGCGACUGAACCAUGAUGGAUGAGCUGGUGCAGGACCUGGUGUCUGCACUGGAGCAGGCCUCUGAGCAAAACAAGUUAGGGGAGCUGUGGGAGGAAAUGGUCCUCAGUCCGCUGCAGCAUCGGCGACAAAUCCGGCGGCGCAGAGGUCGGAAGCGCCUUCACGAGUCCUCCGUCUAUCCGGUGGCACGCAGACGUCGCUGGAUUGAGGCUUCUGAGUCCAGCCUGGAUGAGGCCAAAGGAUACAGGGAGAACAUAUCCUCCACCUUCACUACCGCUGUGGCAAACCACAGCGAUUCAGAUAAUAUGACCAGCACUGACCACUGGCCUCGUGUUGUCGGCGGCCCUGUCAGAUCCAGACACCCAUCUUGGCCAGAGUCCGAUUCCUUCACCGACAGUAAUCCAGGACAGCCACUCAGAAGACGCAGGAAGGUCAAGCGUAUGACUUCAGACAUGACGGUCAGAUUUCAGCAGAAGUUGCAUGACGGAAAGAAGAGGCACAGGCCAUCUAAGGUUCAGCGUUUGUCAGGAUCUAGGAAGAGGUCGAGCAGCUGGACUGGACCUGAGAGACAGACAGACGGAGGCAGAAUGAUGGGAAAGGAGUGCUGGAAAAGAAAGAUGGCGAAGGAACAUAGAGAUGGUCCAGAUGAGAACAUGUCUGAUGGGGAAACCAGUAGCACGUGCAGCAGUGACCCCGGUCUGUUCACCAAUGAUGAAGGAAGACAAGGUGAUGAUGAGCAGAGCGACUGGUUCUUUGAAGGGGACUGUGGAGUCGGCCUGCUGCCCAACUGGGACUCUGACAGUCCGCUUUCACUUGAGGAUAGACAAUCCUCCACCAACUUCCUCCAACCUGCACGGCGCUCUGUUAGAGGGUAUCAUUCACGCCCUAAACGAUUGGCUUGCUCUGCUGCCUGCUGCAUUAGGCGGGACAGGAGGCGUCUUUCUAGAAAGAGCAACAACAUGCCGGUGUUUGUGGAAAGACUGAGACAUUUCACUGCUGAUCAUUGCCAGAGAAAAUUCUGGCUGCCUUCUGUUGGGAAUCAAGACAGAAACCAGUUGAACCCUUUGUGCCCACUACCGAUGUGUCCCAGUGACAUGAUGUCAGAAGGUUCCUAUGUCAGAUGUUCCCCCCCAUCCAUCAUAAGCAGACAGAUUAAUUUCAUUCCGGGACUGUUGUGCUCAUCUGACAUGUGGAGGAAGAAAGAAACAGAAGCUGUUUUCAUCACAUCAGCUAUCAACCCAUUUCAUAAAGAUCAGCAGAGAAAGGAGGCAAAAGGAGAUGCCUGCAGUAACACACCAAGCCCUGAAGCAGUAGGACCAAGUACACCUCAGUCUUCUACUUCUACUCAGCCUGAGAGUUCAUCUUUACUCCAGGGCAACCACGAGGACACUUGAAAGAGGCUUGACAGACCCAUCUAAUUCCUAAAGCGAUUGUGCCUGAGAACGAAAUAGCUAGAACCCCCUUCUACUUCACAAACUUUACAACAAAGAAAAAAAAAAUACAAAAGCACAUCAUUAGUCUUCAAAUCAGCAUGUUCCUGCUCGAUCCAGCCCUUCCAGAUAGUAUAUUAAGCAUGACAAAUGUUAAUGCAAUCAAGCCUUGUUAAGCGCUCCGCCAUCUCCUUAAGCAAGGAGGCAGCUUCAAGUGGCUCCUCGUUCGACUCAAGACUUUACUUCUCUUCCUGUUUCCUCACUGAGUCUCCAGGCCACCCGCCACUGCAUAAUCCAUUAAUUAUGUCCACUCCCGUAGCACAGCACUUGUCAGCAGGAACCUCGGAAAGUAUGGUCAGUUGAGGCUCGUUGACCAGGGGGCGUCUGCUCCACUUUAAGGCAACCAACAAUGGCUGUAAAGCAGCUAGCUCUGAGGGAGAUGAACAUCACAAUGUUUAGCUACCACAUGCUGUUGCAGGGUUAAGAGAGGCGACCACCGCUGGCGAGCCACACAAAGUACAGGCCUCCUAUUAGCAUGGGUUUGAAAACCUACAGUUGCUACAAAGGUGCUCAUUAGCACAACACAGAGGGAGCAUAGUCAUGGUCCUUGGAGGGCCGCUUCUGUUCUCUUCAGGUUACCCUCUAUAUUCAAAUUUCCCCAAACAGAUUUAAAGUUCAAGGCUGGCUGUAAAUCUGUCUGAGAAAGUUGUUUUUUUUUAGCAAUGUUGGCUGAGUUGCUCUUGGAGCUGGAGGAGCAACAGGAAACAGGAAAGGAGGGUUAUACACAGUAUCUUCCAAACCCCUCUGGGUAUAUAGUUCCCAAGUGGUUUCAUCUUUAGGAAAUCAAUGGCACCAUACAGAGGGAACAAACAAAAUAAUCUGAGCAAAGCAAAUAAAUAGGUGCAUAGAAAAGGAUGUGCAAAGCAAUAAAGUCAAUUCAACUUUUAGUGCAGUAGCAUUAUCUCACUUGAAAAAUGUAGAAAAUUCAAUCACCUAUAAUGUGAGUACAUUUAUUCAGUGAUGACACUCAUAUCAAUAUAUUUUACAGCCCACAUUUUUGUCAGUAGGACACUUUUAGUCUCCUAAAACAUAUCACAUGUUUGGAUCAUACAUACAGAAUGACCUUUGAGAAUUCCUCUGCUCUCUCCCAAUUUGAUUUAGAGUCCUCAACAGGUUUUAUGUUCCCUUCACUUCACCUCAAUCAACAGGUUUUCUGCAGGUCCAGGCACUGCGGUGCAAAAGAAGAAGGUUGUUUGUGUGUCUGGUGAAUCAAUUCUGUGUUGAUUUGUUCACAUAUUUUGGAUAAUGUUCCAGCUGAAAGACACAGUGAUGACCCAUUUUUAUUUUUCUGGUGGAGUUCACCAGAUUCCAAUUUAAAAUGUCAUCAUAUUUGAAUGAGUUCAUGAUACCCAGCAUUUUAACAAAGCUCCCUGAAAAUUUUGAAAAGAAAGAGGCCCACCAUAUCACAGAUCAUCCACCAUAAUUAGAGGAAAAUAGAAAUAUCCUAUAUUGUCCCUUAGUGGGGAAAUUCAGGUGUACUAACAGCAGAAAUGUAAAGGUAUACAGAAGCAUGCAUGCAUGGUUGAAAAAUAUAAAAACAGAAAAAAUAAGAAUAAGAAAACCAAGUUUUUAGUCAAAUAUUGCUUAUUACCACUAGAAAAUUGGAAGUGUAAGCAGCGUAUCCUACUAAAAGUCUGGUGAAGUUUUGAACCAAAAGUUGACCACAUUUUUUAAAGUCUUUUUUUACGGAAAUUCACAACAUAAUCACCAGCUGUAUGACAUGUCUUUUCAGAUAUUUUAAAGCCUUUUUAAAAAGAAGAAUUGCAUUUAAUAAAAUGAGAUUUGCUAAUUAAUGUGAGUUAUAUGUCUGCAAUAAUCUGUGUGAGAAGGAUUUAUGUGAUCAUGCUAGGGAGGGGUGACAUUUAUAAAUGCUGUGUGGGCACACUAUAGUUUAAAUGGAUGCCUCACACUACUUUGCUAGUUGCCGCCACAGAAAUCUGUCAGUGUUCAGAUCUGCGCACACUCCUCAGCCGCUACUGGUUUCCCUCCUUUUCACAUUGCAGCAAUGCACCUGGUAAAUAGGAAUUGCACAGGUUAAUGAUCAAUGUAAAACAGAAAAAAGUGUCUAAUACAUUUAUAAAUUGAUGUUUAGAGCAGUCUGCUUCUCAGCUGUUUGAGAUCUAUUCAUGUGUGUUUUGAGCUGGAAGAGCUUUACAGUGUUUGCUUAGUUAAUGGUCAGUGUUUUUUAGUUUUUUCCAUUGUAUGAAAAAGGGCCUAAUAAAAGUACAAGUAACAUUUACCCCAGAAAAUGUCCCUGGAAGGAAAGUGGAAUGCAAUGAUCUCAGAAACCUCACACUCAUUUGCCAGCUUAAACUUAUUAUAUUUCCUGUUGAUUGUGGAUUAGAAACUUGGAGUAAUUAAAUCUUGUGUUUUCUUCCAAAACACAAGAUUUAAAUCCAGUCGUAAUUUCUAUGGUGAGUAGCCAUGUCUACUCAUGUAGCUACUCUCAGGCAAAGUUGUAAUAUCCAGAAUAUUACAACUUUGGGUAGCAUAUUGUGAUCUGAAACAUAUUUCAUAGAAAUUCAUUUCAUUUUCCUCUUGCUGUCAGACUACAAAGGAGAGCUUAGUAGAUUAUCUGAUUGCAUUCAUGUAAUCGAAUGUAAGCACUGCAAGUUUAAAGGCAAUAUUGUUUAUAAGAAAACUGAUUUCAUUUAAUAUAAAGUUAACUACAAAACCACACCUGUUGUUUAGGAUACAUCCAAAAAGUACAACUAAGCUAAUCUAAUUUAAUGAUGGUUCCUGUAGUAGAAACAAAGCUUAUUAAAGAAAGAUUCAUUGUUCAUGUUAAAGAUUUCUGCAGUGGAAACUCACAUUAAGAUGCAUCAAUUCCUGCAUGGGUCAGUCAGUAGACGGGAAACAACACCCCAGCUGCCACAGAAUAAUUAGCAGUUCCCAUAAUGACACCUCUCCCAGACCUUAUGCCUCAAAAUUAAUUUACAAUGGCUCAGAAAUAGGGGAAUGGCUUCCGUAGAGCUAGUCAAUUGUCCUGUUACAGUUAAGGAAUCCGGCAGGCUGGUUGCACUCAUAUUUCAUCCCAGGUAAAGAUUACCUGUCAGGCCCAUGGGAGAUGUAUUGAUCUGUUUUCCUUUUUCCGGCAGCAAUCACCUGACAAAGGCACCUAGGAGGUGAGUGAAUGAGUGAUGCCUGGUCGGCCUGGUCGAGCCCAGUGGUUUCUGUUGUCCACUGAUAGGUUUUAAGCUUAUGAGGAAGAGCAGCAACAAUGCUGUCAUAAACUCUGCUUGAAACUCAUCUGCAUUCCUGCAAAGCAAUGCCCUCUGUGACACUGGUCACAGGUCAAAGGGGAAUUAGUUGUUUUUUUUGCCUCCUUUCUUGUCAGUGGCUUUUGUUCCUACUGUGUAAUGUGUACUGAUGAUGAAAAUGUAUGCAAAAAGGCCUCUCUGGUUCCUGCUGACAAUUGCAUGUUGUAAGUCACCUUAGUUCAACUCACUUUGUAUUUCAGAAGAGAUUCAUUUGGUUUGGACGGGCUUCUAAUGAGGAUGGAGCCAUUUUUCCCUGACUUUCUGGUAAUCAUCUUUCUCUAUGUCAUAUGGUUUCUUGGCAGCUAAUAUAUUUAUGUAAUUGCCUUGAUAUAUAACAUGUGUGUAUUAUUGUUGACACCAUGCAUCUUAACUAAUUACAGUGUAUAAAAUGUGUUGUAUAGUAUUUAUGAUGUGAUUAUUUUACAUCUUAUAACUGAGGAUUUAGGAAUGAGGUCAUUAAAUUUAUUAAUAGAAUUACACGAUAGAUCGCACUGGAGAUACAUCACCUUUUUAUAUAUUUUUUUCUAAUUUCAUUUACAAGGAUUUAAGAAAAUCUUGGUGGUAUCAGGGCUCUAAGGCAGCUAUCACAUUUGGAAGGUUGUGCAAAUGGCAUCUUAUCUCUUAAAGCUGUUAUCUUUGUGGAGGCAUGCCUAAUUGCUUUGCAAAUGAUCUAAAGAGGAUUACUAAUCCUUCAGAAAACAUCUGUACCAUAUUACUUCAUGUAAAAGAGAAGUUACAAUCCUAAAAUUCAACAUUAAGGAUUUUAUGCAGUAGCUUCCUUUCUGGUUUUAUAACUUAAAGCUCCAGUAAAACAGAUGAAUUGGUGAGUUCUUUAAUGAACUUUGUAUGGCUCUUAAGAAUUUGUUUUAAAGUCGCUCUAGUUAAACUCAAGUCAUUUGUGUAUUUGUAAUGUCUUGGAAGAUCUAUGCCUAAAACAUUGAUAUGUUUUUUCCCCCUCUAUGUUAUGUGUGUAAAAAAAUGCCAAUAUUUAUGCAUUUUUAAAUUCAAUACUGAAUUCAUGUGCAAUAAAUUGUUUUUGUGAUCAUGUUGGAAUAUUAAUGAGAGGACAGAGGUUUAGUCAGUUUUGUAUUUAACAGCAUUUACAGGCAGUGUUAUCACUUGAUAAUAAAAAUAAACAAUGUCAUAAUUUA